AUGUUGGAGUCCGAUGAUUUUGGACUUAUUAGUAGGCGGCUUUAUGAGAGUGAUGACUUCAUCGUCACGUCGAGUACCCGUGUCAAAAGAGACGAAUUUGUCCUCUUGGAACGCGUCUAUUCACAAUACUCGGCGUGUGACGGAGAACUACUUUUCUUCGAUAUGGGAGCUGAGCGCUUAGAUUGGGCGAAUCUGGUGGCAUGUUUAGACGCGACCAUUUACUACUUCUCUCAUAAUGAAUCGCUAGACUUUUUGAAAUCUAAUAAAGUCGUUCUCAUCCCGACCUCAAACGCUGUUUCGUCGUCUGGCGAGGUCGUGGUUAUCAAAGGUAAGAUGACAAUUGAGGCGGUAUUGAAGUCUUCCAAAAAACACAAAAAGUUGUUGGAUUUCAAUAAAGGGCCCCAAGCUGCUGAGGAGGAUAGGCAAUCCUCCGGACGAAAGCGAAGUGCAAAACUUGCAGAGGCGAAUGAUUCACGAACAACUGAGGUUAAUGCCGAAAUUGAAGUUUCCAAACCUACGAAGAAACGGAAAAGUUCGCCAGCAGCUGCAACAGACUCGAUUGAGGAUGGGGAGGAAGUGUCAAAACGGCGGCAUAAAUCGAAACGUGUCAGUUUUGGUGACGUUGAAAAGUCAAAAAAGAAAUCCGUGGAGGCGGGAAAGCCAGAAACGACGAAAAAGUCAGUGAAAUUUGCUAAGAAACUGGUCACUCUGGGGAGUCAAUCGACAGAAUCUAAAAGCAAGCCGAAAGUUUCAAUCUUGAAGGCUCCACCUCUUUCCGCAAAAACUUCAAGGGAGGGUUCUGAAGUUGAAAAAGUGAACGAUGCAGAUGAGAAUGUUGCUGAGACGAAGUCGCGAAAGCCAAAAAAGUCCAAAAACGCUCUCAAACGCAUCAAGUGGGUGAAACGACACCGCAAGAAGACCCUCUCCCGGCGCAAACGACGUGCCAAUCGAGAGUUGGCUCGCUUGCGUCCCCAGCGUAAUGCAGAACAGCAUUUGUCAGAGGCAAUAGAGUAUCUUAAUGCCUGGUACUCAAGUCCGGAGACGUGGAAGUACAAGAAGGUUGCACAAUUGACUCUCAUCAAGCAUGCCUUCAAUCCUGCUCUUAUCGAUGAAGAGACAUUUGAACUCCUCUUGCACUACCUGGCAGGGGUGCAAGGGGCCGUGGUGGAUCGUCUCCGGUCCAUGUGUCAACAAAUAAUCGACAGUGGAGGCGAGCCACCUGAAUCCCCAACCUUUCCCCUUUCCAUACCAUCCGAAUGGCAAGCCUCCUCGGUUGUUGUUGAACGGGCUACGAAAAUGCUUGAAUUUGUGUUGUCGUCUGCGGCUGGGAUGGAUCUCAAGUCUGUUAUCAGCAGGGCGACCUACUGCCUCCCACCCUUUCCGAAAUUUGCUGGUCGUGAUCGGUGUUUCGAAUCGAUGUCGAACUCCUCCUAG